AAGAAAACGGAAGAAAGAAGAGCAAAGAGAAUUCUGGAACUUAAGAAACACACAUUUAAUUAAAACAAGAGAGACGAAUCAGGAAGAGCCUUUUAAGGCGUGUAAAUAUAUUUAAUCCAUCCUAUAAAGCAAGAUCAGUCCAACCUUUUUCUUUUAAACACAGCAACGGCUCUGAGGUAAACGAUUUAAGGAAAGCUAGAUUAACCGGUCCACUUAAGAGCUUGUUGUUGAAUAUCGAACUAGAUUACGGCUAACGUUUGCCCAAUUAAAGGAAAACUACAAAGUCCAGAGUGCUGUGCAGGGGGAGGGUCGCAGUCCGAAAGACCCUUUACAGCCCACGUGAUCAAACAGCCUGCACGCGCAUUUUGGCAACAGAAGUGUUGGUAUUCCCCGGUGUUUUUAACGUAAACAUGAACUAUGCUAGAUUUUUGACAGCUGUGAGCAAAGCACGGAAACCAUCACCUAUCCGGAUAUUGACUGAGCUUCAGCAAAGAUCUCCUCCAACUCUGAUAUCCCUGGCUGGAGGGGCACCAAACCCCAACACCUUCCCCUUUCAGUCAGCCACCAUCAAAGUGAAGGGUGGAGAUGCUGUUGUGUUCGAUGAGACUGUGAUGAAGAGAGCGCUUCAGUACUCUGGCUCCAGCGGUAUUCCAGAGCUGAUUUCAUGGAUGAAGGACCUUCAGAAGCAUCUCCACAAUCCACCGACAGCCAGCUACAGCCCAGAGAGAGGACAAAUGGAUUUGUGUGUAACCACAGGCAGCCAAGAGGGACUUUGCAAAAUAUUCGAGAUGCUUGUUAAUCCUGGUGACAACGUCCUUCUUGAUGCACCCACAUAUCCAGGAACAUUGGCAGCUCUUCAACCGCUGGGCUGCAACAUCAUUAAUGUGUCCAGUGAUCAAUAUGGAAUAAUCCCCAAAGACCUCAAGGCAGUUCUGGCACAGUGGGACCCAGCAGAUGUACAAAAGACAAGUAGUAAUGUACCAAGAGUUCUAUACACUAUUCCCAAUGGAGGCAAUCCAACUGGAGCAUCUAUGACUUUAGAUCGGAAACAGGAAGUCUAUAAACUUGCAAGAAAAUAUGAUUUGCUUAUCAUUGAAGACGACCCAUAUUAUUUCCUUCAGUUCCAAAAACCAUGGGCACCAACAUUUCUCUCCAUGGACGUUGAUGGACGUGUCCUUCGAACUGACUCUUUUUCUAAAAUACUGUCAUCAGGGUUGAGGGUAGGAUUUGUCACUGGGCCUAAACCAUUGGUGGACAGAUUGGUACUGCAUAUACAGGCCUCCACAAUGCACACCAGCACCUUCACACAGCUGAUGAUCUCUCAGCUGCUGCAUAGCUGGGGUAAAGAUGGAUUUCUUAACCACAUUGAUGGGGUCAUUGAGUUUUACAGAUGUCAGAGAAAUGCAAUGCUAUCCUCGGCAGACAAAUGGCUCAAAGAUGUAGCUGAGUGGCAUCCUCCCAUGGCUGGCAUGUUUCUCUGGAUUAAACUUAAGGGCAUUAAAGACACACAACAGCUUAUCAUGGAGAGAGCUUUAGAGAAAGAGGUUCUUCUGGUACCUGGAGGAGUGUUUAACAUCAACAGCUCUGAUCCAUCUUCAUAUGUUAGAGCGGCCUUUUCUCUCUCCACACCUCAACAGAUCGAUGAGGCUUUUAGGAGACUCGCUGAUCUUAUUAAGGAUGCCAUGUGAGCAACAUUCACAGAAGGGGAGAAUUAAGGAUUUAAAAAGAACAGUCAAAAACAUAAAUAAAUGCUGCUACCAUAUGCCACACAGACAAUCUGAAAUUCCAUAAACCUCCAUAAUGACAUUGUGAGAGUAAACACUUUUCUACCUUAUUCCGCUUUAAAACCAUAUUUACCUAUUAGAUGAAUAAAACGUCACUAUAUAAACUACGUUAACAGUAAUAAAUAGUUUUUAAGCAUUGGGAGUUGGUUUACAAUAAAAAAUAAAAUACCUCUUGUAGAGAGCAUCUUUAUUAAAGAGCACCUAUUUUCCGAUUCACGUUUUUAAAUGUCCUUUGGUAUGUAUUGGUGUUAAUUACUACAUGUUAACGAUAUGCAAAAGGUACAUACCCCAAAGUAAACGAUGACGCAAGUUAACAUCUCCAAUGCAACUCUAACGGAUUGUAGGCAACAGUUUACUUCCUGGGUUUGGUGAUAUAGACAAGACCGACAUUAUCAUAAUUCCUCCCGCUUCAGCCUUUAAGUUAACUCCUGUUAGCAACCGAAUCUUUCAAACAUGGCAAGUAGCGUCACGUUUCCGGCUGACGUCAGUUGUAUGUAGGCCAGAUUAGCUGGCCAAUCAGGGACACAAAAUUUUCAAAUCCGUCUGUUUCAGGAAGAGAGUAAAAUCUGGAGCUACAAAAAUGUACGUUAUGUGGAAAUAAUGUGUUUUUUUAACCAUAAACCAUGCAAACACAUUGUUUAUACCAAAUACACAAAAUAACAUUGUUUUUUAAGAAAUGAAAUGGGUGCUCUUUAAUGUAGAAUAAAGACUGACAUGUUUUGAGUCAUUUUAGGUGUUUUGGCUCCGAUGGACCUUUAAGUUAUUGUGCGUGCUGUGCAAACUAGACAAAAAUAUUUCAAUUUUAAUAAAUAUUAUUGUCAAUUUG